UUUCUAUAAGAGUUCAUACCUCAUCACAACUCAAUUCAACACAAAGUGAGCUGAAUCGUUUAUUCUUCUGAAGAUUAUCAAUUAAAUGGAGCCUUCAAUUUACCAAAGUGAGCUGAAUCUGGAGGCAACAGAAUUAAGGUUAGGUUUACCUGGAAGAACCAACAACAAGAGGUCUUCACCUGAAGACAGAUCCACGAGCAUCAGCAUCAGCAUCAGCAAGAGCAGCAGCGUUGACUCUAGUGGUCCUAGUAACGCUACCGAUCAUGAUGACGACGAUGAUGACCAUCAAAAUUCUGUCCAACCUGCAAAGGUUCAAGUAGUAGGGUGGCCACCAGUUAGAUCGUUUAGGAGGAACAGUAUGCAGCAACAAAAACAGAAGGAUGAACACAACAACAAUAAUGGUGAUGGAUCUGCGAUGUACGUGAAGGUGAGCAUGGCCGGUGCACCUUACUUGAGGAAGAUAGAUCUGAACGUUUACAAUAGUUACUCUCAACUCCUCAACGCCCUCCAGAAUUUGUUCAAAUGCACUUUUGGGGAAUAUUCAGAGAGAGAAGGAUACAACGGAUCUGAUUAUGCUCCUACUUAUGAAGAUAAGGAUGGUGAUUGGAUGCUCGUUGGAGACGUUCCAUGGGACAUGUUCACGUGUUCCUGCAAGAGGCUUAGGAUUGUGAAAGGAUCAGAAGCAAAGGGGUUGGCCUCUUUAUGACACACCGGCACCAUAGCAUCCAGCGAAAUUAAAUCUAUCAAGGCAGAGCGAUAAUAAUAAUAUAUACACUUUUUUUUCCCCUUUAACUGAACUGGUUUUGAGGCAUGUUUCUUUGUUAUAGUUCUCAUCAUCUGGUGAAUCUUGCCAGAGUGGAGAAGAUACAUAUAUAGAGAAAGAGAAAAAGAAAAUAAACAAGAAAAGAAAAAUUACUGCUAUAUGUUUUAAUUGUACAGAACAUAUUAUAUAUAUCUCGUCGUCCUUGUUGGAUCUUUCUAUAUGUAUUAUGUAAGAGUUAUAUAUAUACAGAAUAGAUAACAUAUCAAGUUUUUUCUUUAUUCUCUA